AUGUCUUAUCUCUCUGAUCCGCCUACUGGCAAGGUCUCAUUAAGCCGCUUGUCAUCUUCGUCCGGAGAUCAUCCCGUCGGUGAACAGUGUACCCUCACUAAUCGAGACUUGCAACUUGGCAACACAAUCUCGCCAAGCAAUGCACUGCUUCCUUCCGUACCACGUCUUUCUAGUUCAACCAGUCCACUCGGCCUUCGAGUUGGAGCCUGUCAAGAGGAUUCAGUGAAUUCAUCGAUUUCGUUGACUUCCUCAACCUCACUAGCGGCAUCAGCAUGCGCAGGGGCCGAGGACGAUUUGUUGCGCGACUUACCCAAUUGGCCUGAAGAUUUACUACGUGAAGCGCUGCGUAGUAUACUUCAGCCUGACGGUAGUUUGCCGGAAGACUCUCCAUUUGCAAGGCAACUGGCUCGAGUAGCGCACCUCCGCCGAACGAGCAUGGCCCAGACAUCCCAACAACAAUCUUCAGCUUCAAAGGUUCUCGAGGUUGGCGGAAAAGAGGCUUCAUUGCAUUCUAAAAGCCUCAAAAAGGGUUGGUUCCCAUUUUAUAUAAUGCACUAA